AAUAUUUUUUUUUUCUAAAAAAUGUUUAUUGUGAUUUGUCGCUAGGACUCGAUUCAUCGAAUAAUUCGGAGCAAUUUUUUCAGCUGCUCCAGAGUCAUUUUACUCUAACCAUUCUUCUCAUUUUUAAUCUAUUUUUGAUUAAAAUUCACCACGCUGUGAUAAUCUCAUCUCGUGCCUCAUUAUCGUGUCGUAGAUAUUGUCGGUCGCAUGUUAUUUUUGAGUGGAUUUUAAUUCGAGUUCAUCACUCCAUUUGGAGCAACUCUUUAUUGGCGUUUUAUUAUCUUUGAAUUUUUUCCAAAAUCAUUGAUUUUGUGGAGGUAAUUGUGGUGCCUUGAGUUGGUGAUUUUUGGAGGUUAGGUAGCACGCAGAAUAAUUAGAUCUUUAGAGAUUAACGGGUAGUUAAAAAUUAAUAGGCGCGCGUGAGAAGAUGAAUUCGAAAAAAUCAACAAGUGAGAAUUCUUCGUUCGAAAAUGUCAAGAUUAAAGUGGAACCUGGGACUUCGAAUGUCACUCCAAGCUCAACAACACGUUUAACAUCAUUCAGAUUACCCAGAGAUUUAACAUUGGGUGGAGUAAUCAAGACUGAGAAAUCGACAAAAAAAAUUUAUGCACCCAAUCUGAAUGUGCAGAGGAAUAAAAAAAAGGAGGAUGGAUCUGCUAUUAAAACGGAAUCCAAUCAAAGAACUGGAGGAAGAGGACGUGGACGAGGUGCCACUGAUCGUGGCCGAGGUCGAGGAAAGUCUGGACCUGUUCUCAUUCAAUCAGCUGGAGUUUUUUCGGAAGGAAUGGUAGGUCCUGCACGCUCUGCCAGAAGUACUGGUGGUGGUGGAGGCUGGCGAAAUAAUGAUAGAGAUGGGAAACAAAUUCUAGAAACGACCAAACUCAAUUUACAUGAAAACUUUGAUAAAAAUGAAGAGGAGAAAAAAUUGAAGUUAUUGUUGAGAGAUGAUUUCAUCGAUGAUGGGGACGAUUUUAGCUUGGAGAGUGCUCCUGUUGUGCUUCCAUUGAUGGAGCAAGCUAAACUUUAUAAAGUAGAACCCAAGGAAACUACAAAUGAGAAAGCAGUAUCGGAAGAGGAGGAGGAAAUUGAUUGGAAACCGAUAAUUCUGGAAAAUGGUCAGGCCGUGAUGCCUAAGAAGAAGAUUAAGAAGAAGCCUGCAGUAUCAAUUGAUAUAAAAGAAGAGAAGGGUAGAAGAACUGUUCCACAAAUAAUCAACAAUCAGUCACUCGGCUAUAUUCUAAUGGCUUUCCCAGAUUGUCUUCCUGGGGUACGCAACACAGACCCAGACGUAGAUCCCAGAUCAAAAAAUGGCAAGGAUCAACCUCCUGAAGUUAAUAAUACAUCCAACACUGAAUAUUGCACGUUGCAAACGCUUAAAGAAGGACGCCUAGGUAAAAUACAAAUUCAUCAGUCUGGAAAGGCAGUACUACGUCUCGGUGAAAAUAGUCUAGUGAUCGAUGUAGGCUCACGUCAGAGUUUUCGACAGGAUCUUAUUGCUGCUAAAGUGGAUGCAUCCAAUAGUGAACUUGUCAAUUUAGGACAAGUCACUAGUACACUUAUAUGCUCACCUGAUUGGGAGUCAAUGCUUGCCAAUCUCUGA